GUUAGGUUUGAAACUAUGUAAUUGAUGAUGCGAAACUGUAGUUCCACUGAUUGGUUAGAUGUUUAGAGCUGUUAGUAUAAACCUAACACUUGUACUAUUUCGGGCUGUAUAUUGUCUGUUGGCUGCACGCGCGGGCGGCCACAAGCUCUUCGCUGGGACUUAUAACACUACCAGCAGACCCAGUCAUCCCUCUCGAUAAAAUUGCAAUCCCUCUUCAACUAAACUCGCGCACCGUAAGCUCGAUCAGCUGAUUCAAUGGGAGGGGUGGCAUCUAUUCCUACCGAUCCUUCGCGGAAGGUGCAGGUUAUUUCGGCGGGCUACUCGCGAACGGGGACGGUGUCUAUGUCCCUUGCCUUGGCCAAGCUCCUCGACGGCCCGGUUCUACACGGCGGCACGUAGAUCCUAACUCGCGAUGAUGGCAAGUAGCUCGCUCCCAAUUCAUUCGUUCGUACGCCUGGUACUAAUCGACUCAGAUUACUGUCUGACAUGGAUCAAAGCCUAUGAAGCUAGAGAGGCGGGCAACAAGGAGGAGACAUUGAAGCUUGUCCGCAAAGCCACCGCAGGUUUCGUGGCGACUGCAGACUUACCACCUGCUGACUUCAUUCCAGAGAUGGUCGAGCUGUAUCCGGAUGCGAAAGUCGUCUUGGUCAAGAGGGAUGCGACCCGAUGGUGGAACAGUAUCUCGGCUGUGACUAGUCGCACAACUCCAUCAUGGCUGGGAGCUAUUCUCGCCCCGAUUCCUGGAUGGAGGCACCUCGCUACAUUUGCACAGGUCUACAGCCGAUCGACUCUGCGGCUUGCAGGUCUGGAAGACCCGAAUGCCACUCCAACGGAUUUGAUCAAAAAUGGCGGUCCUCAUAUUCUUGAAGCCCACGAAAACAAGGUCAGAUCUCUAGUUCCGAGAGAUCAGCUGUUGGAAAUGGACCUCAGCGAUGGCUGGGAACCUCUGUGCAAAUUCUUGGGGGUGCCAGUGCCUGAUGAACCAUUUCCUCGAGCCAAUGAUGCCAAAGCAGCGGAUAAAUACGCCACCAAAGUCUUACUUAAGGUCCUUCUAGUUUGGCUCUCCAUGUUUACUGGGAUUGGAGCCAUUAUUUACUUCAGUGUCUUACAAUGGCGACGAAGGAAGUAGAUUAAUGAGGAUCAAGAAAUACCGAUGUGACUAUGGGUUUCCCUCCUCAUAAGAAGUGAAAGUUGCAGAUGUGUGGAUGAGUCUGAAAUAUUAUCUGUUGCAAUAGUUGAUGAGGUUGUUCCAGGGCUUCAACAUCUCCGUGAUCAUCAAUGCAGCCCAAGAAUGAGACUGAUAGGAUAUUCAAAAAUGUUUCUAGUGUUAAGUUGUGAAAAGAACGUGUAAUUUCCAUACCAGUAAAGAUAUCCGCACUAUUUCUCUCGAUUUCAUUUAAUUGUGAACUAGACAUGCCACAUAGACACAACUAGUUGCCUACAACUUUCAUUGAGCUGGUGGUAGGUAGAGAUGGGGACAGAGCUGUGAAGCAUUUACAUGUGAAAAGUCUCUGAGAUGUUGAAGGAGAGUGGGAAUCAUGUAAUUGUGCGUU